GACGACGCGUUCCCUUUGUCUAUAAAAGGAAGGGCGACUGCACCUUCUUCUCCUCACUGAGUUGGCGUUUUCUUCUCUGUUAAGUGAUUCGUGUGUUUCGUGAUCUCACCUGAGACAAGUUUUCUUGAUUCUCAUCAGAUAUGGCUGAGGAUCGCCCACCACAUACCGGCGAGGAGGUUGUUGUUUCUGAGAGGGGCUUGCUAGGUGCAUUUAGAAAGAAGGAGGACGAUGAGCAUCACCACGAUCACCAUCACCAUGGUCAUGCUCCUCCUCCCGCAGAGUCGGAGGAGGUGCUCGUUGCGGAGUUCAGCCAAGUGAGCGUGACUGCUGCGGCGGAGCAGGAGAAGAAGGAGACGGAACACCACCAUCAUGGUUUACUGGAGAAACUUCAUCGCUCAGAUAGCUCUAGCUCUUCGAGUGAUGAAGAAGAAGGCGAUUCAGAAGAGAAGAAAAAGAAGAAGAAAGAAAAGAAAAGCCUGAAGGAGAAGCUCAAGGAGAAGAUAUGCGGCGACGAGGAGAAGCCUAAAGUUGAAGGCCAUGGAGUGGUGGUGGUAGAGGCGGAGAAGGACGAAGUAGUGCAGGUUAUAGAAGUGGAGGAACAUCCCCCUGAGAAGAAGGGCUUCCUGGAGAAGAUCAAGGAGAAGCUGCCUGGUGGCGGCCACUCUACGGCUGCACCGCCGCCGCCACCACCACCACCGCCUCCGCCAGUGGUCGAAGCACCGCCAGUUGAUCCCGUGCCACAUCAUCAUCCUGAGGGGCACUGCCAUGAAGGUGAAGGGCCUGCCAAGGAGAAGAAGGGCAUACUGGAGAAGAUCAAGGAGAAGCUGCCUGGCUACCAUCCCAAGAGUGCAGAGGAAAGUGGGAACCAUUAGGAAUGUGCCAAGUGCAUGUGGAUUUUGCCUACCCCUACUACACUACUGCUUGUGAUGUAUUUGUUUGUUUGUGGCCAUUUUGGCAUGGUUUGAUCUCUUCUCUGUCAACACCAUGGGACUGUUGGUUUUGGCUUUUACCCAUAUAAUAUAGUGUUUGCUGUUGUUGUCUUUGUUGAUAA